CGGAAAAGCAGGGAAGUCCCGGCUGAGUGGUAAGCUAGCGGCUGCUGGGUUUUCUAAACAGCAGGAAAAAGGCAAUAAAGGUGAAGUUGCCUUGUCUUGGUUUGUGAAAGCGAACAGCUUAUUGGGAGAACAGCGCCCUUGAACAAGUUAGUUUCAGGUGACACAUUGAUGGAAUGAAUGAAUGAAACUGCUGAGGAGGGUUAGGGUUCUCCCAACGUGGUGCAGGAAGGCAGGGAAACGGGUCUGGGCAACCAGCUUCAGUUACCUCGGAUGGACUGGACGGAGUCUAAGGCUCGUUUCAUCUCUACUUUUGUGCUAAGACCUACGUUACCAAGCAUGAUGUCCUUCUCCAGGGACUGGUCCUGUACUUGUUAGUAUAUGCCAAUAUGACAGAUUUUGAUCAAGUGAACCAGUAAUAGAGAAGACUGCAACAUGCUGGAGAAUGCCGGAGGGGACCUGAAGGAUGGUCACCACAACUACGAAGGAGCUGUGGUCAUUCUGGAUGCUGGUGCUCAGUACGGGAAAGUCAUAGACCGCAGGGUGAGGGAGCUGCUCGUCCAGUCUGAGAUCUUCCCCCUGGAGACACCGGCAUUCGCCAUCAAGGAGCAGGGAUUCCGUGCUAUUAUCAUCUCUGGAGGACCGAAUUCCGUGUAUGCAGAAGACGCUCCCUGGUUUGACCCGGCAAUAUUCACCAUUGGCAAACCUGUUCUCGGGAUUUGCUAUGGCAUGCAGAUGAUGAAUAAAGUAUUUGGAGGUACAGUGCACAAAAAAAGUGUUCGAGAAGACGGAGUCUUCAGCAUUAGUGUGGAUAACACCUGUUCGUUAUUCAGGGGCCUUCAGAAGGAAGAGAUCGUUUUGCUUACACACGGAGAUAGUGUAGACAAAGUAGCUGAUGGAUUCAAGGUUGUGGCACGUUCUGGGAACAUUGUAGCAGGUAUAGCAAACGAAAGUAAAAAAUUAUACGGAGCGCAGUUCCAUCCUGAAGUUGGCCUCACGGAAAAUGGGAAAGUGAUACUGAAAAACUUCCUCUACGACAUCGCAGGCUGCAGUGGGACUUUCACCGUGCAGAACAGAGAACGCGAGUGCAUUCGAGAGAUCAAGGAGAGAGUAGGCACAUCCAAAGUGCUGGUUUUGCUCAGUGGUGGAGUCGACUCGACAGUUUGUACGGCUUUGCUGAAUCGUGCCCUGAACCAUGACCAGGUCAUUGCUGUGCACAUCGAUAAUGGCUUCAUGCGGAAACGAGAGAGCCAGUCUGUAGAAGAAGCCCUCAGAGAGCUUGGCAUUCAGGUCAAAGUGAUAAAUGCUGCUCAUUCCUUCUACAAUGGAACGACAGCUCUGCCAAUCUCAGAUGAAGACAGGACCCCCCGGAAAAGGAUCAGCAAAACCUUAAAUAUGACCACAAGUCCUGAGGAGAAAAGGAAAAUCAUUGGGGACACUUUUGUUAAGAUUGCCAAUGAAGUAAUUGGAGAAAUGAACCUGAAACCCGAGGAAGUUUUUCUUGCCCAGGGCACCUUGCGGCCUGAUCUCAUUGAAAGUGCGUCCCUUGUUGCCAGUGGCAAAGCUGAACUCAUCAAAACCCAUCACAAUGACACAGAGCUUAUCAGAAAGCUGAGAGAAGAGGGAAAAGUAAUAGAGCCUCUGAAAGAUUUUCAUAAAGAUGAAGUGAGAGCUUUGGGCAGAGAGCUCGGACUUCCAGAAGAGUUGGUCUCCAGGCAUCCAUUUCCAGGUCCUGGCCUGGCAAUCAGAGUAAUAUGUGCUGAAGAACCUUAUAUUUGUAAGGACUUUCCUGAAACCAACAAUAUUUUGAAAAUUGUAGCUGAUUUUUCUGCAAGUGUUAAAAAGCCACAUACCCUGUUACAAAGAGUCAAAGCCUGUACAACGGAAGAGGACCAGGAGAAGCUGAUGCAAAUUACCAGCCUGCAUUCACUGAACGCCUUCUUGCUGCCGAUUAAAACUGUGGGCGUGCAGGGCGACUGCCGCUCCUACAGCUACGUGUGUGGGAUCUCCAGUAAAGAUGAGAUCGACUGGGAGUCUCUUCUCUUCCUGGCAAGGCUCAUCCCUCGCAUGUGCCACAACAUCAACAGAGUUGUCUAUAUAUUCGGCCCACCUGUGAAGGAGCCGCCCACAGAUGUCACGCCUACGUUCUUGACAACAGGGGUGCUCAGCACCUUACGCCAAGCUGACUUUGAGGCCCAUAACAUUCUCAGGGAGUCGGGGUAUGCUGGGAAGAUCAGCCAGAUGCCAGUGAUUCUGACACCGUUACAUUUUGAUCGGGACCCACUUCAGAAGCAGCCGUCGUGCCAGAGAUCUGUGGUUAUUCGAACCUUCAUCACUAGUGAUUUCAUGACCGGUAUACCUGCGACGCCUGGCAAUGAGAUCCCUGUGGAGGUGGUGCUAAAGAUGGUCACUGAGAUUAAGAAGAUUCCUGGUAUUUCUCGAGUUAUGUAUGAUUUAACGUCAAAGCCCCCAGGAACUACUGAGUGGGAGUAAUAAACUUGUUGUUCUUUAAA